UUCAGAUAACGAACUCAACGGUAAGCUUGCUUUACCUUGAUGAAUAUGUGCAUUACACGGAACGCAAGCGACUACUAACCUACGUACAUAUACAUACAAAUAAUUAUAAAAAAAUCAUUAAUCGGAAUAGCUAAAUAUGAUCUGGAAACUACUUAUUGUUUCACUUACCAUUUUGAGUGCAUACACACCCUUUUCAGAGGCGGCUAACUACUCGUGCCCUUUACACUGGGUUCCAGAGGGAUAUGGGAAUGUUCCUCUUCAUGCAAUUAUUCCCUCACCUGGCGAAUUUAUAGCGAGGGUGAAUCUUCUUGAAGAUGAACUGUGGCGAAUAGGUCGUCUAAUUCCGGAGGAAGGAAAGGCCUGGUUUGUCUUUGUGGUUCCGAGCGGAGAGCAUACAGUCCACAUUGCAGAAACAUACGAGGUACUUACAAACCCCGACAAUUGUGUAGUAGAAUGGGUCGAAAUGAUUGGCGGAAGUGUACCACAAUAUGCGAUACCUGCGGACGACAAAUUUCCAUUAGUUCCUAUCGAGUAUGUCGGUAGGGGGAUCGUCGCCGGGUUUUCAAUGGUGGCAGGUAUACAUCCCAGCGAAUCUGCACUCCUAGUCCCGUAUGAAGGGAAGGUAUACGUACGGCGUCAUUACGACGCUCUGACUUCGCGCUACCCGCUUCUCUCGCUGGAAUUGAUCGACUUUACCUUUCCCAUCCUGGAUUAUCGGGUAAUAGACAAAAAUUCCAAGGAAAUGCUGAUUGGACAGAUGGAAGUUGUGAGUGGAUUGGACGAUGGUGAACCGGCCCAAGUCGUUCAACCAAUUUCUCAUACCAAAAGUGUCAGAGAAAUGUUUAAAUGGGAUGAAAAACAGAAAUGGGAAUACGUUGCAAAUCUGACGAUCAACAUGGAUUUAUGGGUAGGGUCACCGUCAGUGUUUGUACAAUUCACUAACAUUCAUGAGCAGAGGACGCUUGUUGGUGUCGAUGGGGUACCCGGAGAUCCGAAAAUAUUUUACGAUAGAAUUCACCCAGUUAAGGUCGAUCGAACUGUCACAAUAUCGGGAACUGGGGGUUCUUCAGUGCCACAUGGAAAUUAUCAGGUAUGUUCUGCAGUAACGAUGCUGCACGAUUUCGGAGUAAAAUUUGAAGCUUCUGCUAUUGUGACUGCCCCAAACAUGAGGGCUGAUCAAAUUAGAGAAAUUUUAAGAAGAACAGAGAGAAUAAUUAUGGGAGAUGGUGUGGAGGAAGAAGAUUUUGUAGUAGCUAAAAUCAUGGGAACGUUACGAGGUUCUUUUGUAACGGGGACAUCCUCACAUUUUACGACGAUGGAUUCCACCGGUCUUUGUAAUUCAGUUGUGUCAAAGUCAAAACAUACAAAAAGUUAUCAUCAUUUUAGAACAAAGUAUUAAAGUAAAGUAUAUUGUACGAUUUGUAAUAAAAGUUAAAUUAAUAAAUAUGAUAGUUCAUGGUACUUUUUACUAUUA